CAAGCGCAGUAGGAUAUACGACGUACGCGCAGUCGCCACGUCACACACCGUGAGGGCUCCACACCAGCGCUAGUGCUUUGACUUACAGAGACGGGAUUUCACUUGGAGGUGAGCAGGUGUCUGUGGGGUGAGUAGAUAUGGAGGCUACUCUGACUCUCCUUGUUCUGACUGCUGUUGUUGGCCUGUCGCAGCAGCAGAUUCCUCGAUGUCUUCUGAGUAGAUUGGACAACGUGCCUUGUAUAAAGUUAAAUCCAAGGAUCAAGGGAAGCUUCAGACAACAGUCAAUAUUCAAUGCACUAUACUAAAAUGGAAGGAGAUGGUGCAGGUGGAAUACGGUGUCGAGUGAAACGUAAAAAUGAGCAAAUCAGAGAGAUCACAACUCCUGGCACAGUUCACACAAAGAUAAUUUAUUCCCCUGGAUUUAUUCUCGGGAAAAAGUAUGACAAUCAACUCCUCGGACAGUACAACAUUAAGUGUGACGAGGGCCGACUAGCAUUCUUUAGUGUCACGGAAAUCGACCUACAGGGAAACGAAGACUGUUUGGAAAACGGAAAACAAAGGUGUCAGGACUAUAUCCUAAUCGACCGUGGCAUUUCCGGAACUAGCGAGAUAUGUGGCAACUCUAUUCCCAAUGCCACUGUAUCGGAGUUGCAGUCUGGGAAUUUCACUGUUUACUUCCGCACAAGUGAAAAUAAGAAACUUGGUGGCUUUGAGAUGUACGUCAUCUGCUUUAGGGAGGCUGACAGGGAUCGAAGAGGUUGUUUAACACCAAUGGAUUUCAACUCCUCUGUGUGUCCUGCUGGAAGUGGUGCUGGGGAAAUGCUGUCACCAAAUAACACUCAAGAUCAAGGUAGUGGAAGAAGAAGGCGUGACACUUACUCUGGUGUCACCUACAAAGAUAUUUUCCCUGAAUAUCCUUCAGGCCUGAGAAUGAGGGAAGAUGUGGCAAACUUUCACAACUUCUGGCGUCGUAAGAAGAGGCAAGCAGGGGGAGGCUUUCGAUUCAUUAGUAGAAUUGUACUCCUAAAUGAGUCGGUCAACUAUACUGAUAGUACCAUCCGGAUAGCAGACACUGAUGGCACUGAGACUGGACUAUAUGAAGGUAUUCGACUUCUGCAAACGUUCAAUGCACUGGGAAAAAUUGAUACCUAUGUUACUCGUGUCACUGGUCCGAGAGAAGAGGACUAUCCUCACUUCUUUGGACCAGGUCCCCUGGUCAUAAUUGGCAGAUAUGCAUAUUUCCAGCUGUUCAUAAUUGAUCCACGGGGACUGAUUCCAACUCCUGAGGAAGAGGAAGAACUGAGACAGAUGAACGAGCCACUGUUUAAUUCCAUUCCAGAUGAUUUAGAUUUUGAAACCAACGACCCGAAUCAAACCAUUGAUGACUUUUCAUUUUUAGGCAUAGAGAGGAAGAAACGUGCCAUAAGUGAAAUAGAUUAUUAUGAUGAGAUUCCCAAUGAGAGAGUUCGUCGACAAUCUUCUAAUGGAACGGACUUUUCGAAGAAGACUCUGUUCCUGGCUCUGAGGAAUCGCGAGGCUUGCACUCCAGCUGUGAGACAACAAGCUCUGUCACUCAUUGAGUUGUUCGAUGAGACUAUGGUGAUGGAGUUGCAGAAUUUCACAAUUGAUUGCACAGUGGAAGGGAAGAACCUAAUGUGUACUGUGGAUGAUGGCUCUGCUCCUGCACUUGACCAAGGCACCUUCUGCACUGUCAAUGACAAACCUCGUAUAGAAUGUGAUCCAUUCUAUGAGAUUUUUGAUUCACAAGAUGAAAUUGAAACAGUAACUGUUGAAGCCAUCAACUGUGAUGGGCAAAGAGCAACUAAGAAGUUCUCUAUGAACAUGGGGUAGCUGCUGAAUGAAAAACUUUGUUAGCACGUAGUGAACUUUUAUUGUUAAAGGAGUGUGUUCAUUUAUUAUUCAGAACUGUUUGGUGAAAAAAAUAAUUCUCUUUCAAUAUUGUGAAGUUUAACAUUGUAAUUCUCUUCCUUUUCUGUCUCUUCAUGUGCAU